UCGCAAACAUGAGAGGGGCGGGGGAGCCAUUUUUUGAACAUCACUUCCCCCCUGGUAUGGUCCAGAUUGGUGAGAUAAUGCGCGGCCCGCAGCCUGGGGCUAGGAUGAAGUUUGAACUGGCAACGCAUCUUUAUGGCUGGGACCCCGAUCCUACGAUAGUCAGGAAAGCCCCAGCCCCAGUUCUUGAUCUUUCUCCGGAUGAGUUGACAUGACUCUGGAACACAGUUGGCAAUGGUAAAGGAA